GCCUCCGCCUCCUCUUCUUCUCACUUUGUCUCUUCCACAAGGGGCCAAGCGACCACAGUCACCUUCCCCUACCGGCUCUGGUCUGUGCCGAGUUCCGAAGAUGGCAACUUUCUCCUCUCGGGUCUGAAGUCGCCGGUUGACUCUCGGGGAGACAGGCUCGCACAAAAGCCUUGUCCUAGGUUCCCUAGCCGCAAUACUAAUCGUCCGUCUCAUCAUAACUCACUUGCGUGUGUGUACUUUAUCUCGCGUGGUUGUAGACAUACAUCCAUCCAAACACCCAUCCGUCCUUACAUACACACACACACACACACACACACAUAUACUUACAUACGUAUAUAGACACACACCGGCAGACAGACCUGCCGAGAAUGCCGCAACACACGAUCCGUCUCGCCGGUCCCCUCCCCCCCAACCUAACCGUCUUCGAGACAAACGGCGCAACCAGGCUAGCCCUACAGGAUUGUUCGUUGCCUAGGUCACUUCCAGUUUUUCCCCCUUCUCGCCAAUUGACCAAUUCUUAUCCUCCUCCGUUCAUAAACAGCCCGUGUGUCCUGUCGUCCAUCCCGGGCCUAGCCACCGUAGAUCUCACCUCCAGCUUAUCCAUAAUACUUCUGUGACCUCGCGCUGCGCGCUUCCAUAUCCCAAGUCAAACCCUUCCUCGAUUCCAGAUAUCCUAGUCCAGGCAUCUUAAAUCUAGAUAUCUCAGUCCAGACACCUCACCUCACACUCGCCAAGGCUCCAACCGACUCUAUCCAGCUCUUCAACAAACAAACAAACAAACCCGCCACCAUGACCCGCCGCCUCCUCCUCCCCGUGCUCGCCCUCGCUUCCCUCGCGACAGCCCACUUCUCCCUCUCCGUCCCCAAACCCCUCGGCGACAGCGAUUCCAAGCAGGGCACCGGCCCCUGCGGCGGCUACACCCCGUCCUCCUCCUCCCCGGCCGUCGACUUCCACGUCGACGGCGACGCCGUCGGCAUGGAGAACGGCCACCCGCAGACCAACUGGCUCUUCCGCGCCACCCUCGACCAGACCGCCUCGGGCGGCUGGACCCAGGUCUUCCCCGUCGUCAUGCAGACCGGCUACGGCAGCUUCUGCGAGCCCCAGAUCGCCGUGCCCUCCAACUUCACCGGCCAGAAGGGCAUCGUCGCCGUCGUCGCCCACUCGCCCGACGGCCUGCUGUACGCCUGUUCCGCCGUAAACUUCGUCUCCGGCGCCGGCCCAUCCCACUCCGAGUGCAAGAACGCAACAAUCACCGUCGACUUCACUUCCGACCCCUCCCUGACCGCUCUCCUCGACACCGCCGCCACGCCCUCCGCUUCCGGCGGCAGCGGCGCCACCACCACUCCCAACGCAGCUCCCCGCCUGGCCGCUGGGAAUCUCUUCUCCCUCGGCCCUGCCGCCGCCAUCUUCGCCUCCGUUGCCGCCGCCGCCGUUGGCGGGGCCGCUUUGCUCUUCUAGGAAUGCCCACCGGGUGGAAGGACGCGAGCGUGCAUUUAUAUGUUUUUGGAACCGUGAUCUCCAGGGAGGGGCCUCGAAUUGAACGAGAGGAGAUCAUUGGGGAAUAUAGUAGAAAUACCAAACACGAGCCGUACCCGCUGGUGGUCCGGGAGUUAAACAUCACAUCUUUUAGUCCAUUAUGCGUCUCAAAAUGGCUCCCAUGUGUCACCCACCUGUGUGCUCUUCAAUCUGACGAGAACGCGGAGCU